AUUAGCCGAACUCGUACUCGUCCCGGUCUUGACAGGGCGCGGAUGGAGAAGGCGAACCCUCCCCAACCCGCCCAUUGCUAUUCUUAACCGGACAAACAAUAAAUUAACAAUGUGACCUGUUUGCAUAAAUUAAAAAGGAAAAUAAAAAGAACCACUUGAAAAAAAAAAGAAAAAAAAAAAAAGGAAAUCAGGAGAAUGACUAUUAUACCCUUCUCUUACCAAUUACGCGUCAUUGAGUCAACCCCUGUCAAAUUGGAGAAGAACAGAACCAAACUCAAACUUUGUAUACAAUUCUUUCUUUUUCUUUUUUAUUUUUUUUCUAUUUUUUAAAUUUAAGAAAAAAGGAAAAAGAAAAAAACAAAGCACAACUAUAUAAACCGACUCCCGCUAUUUCCUCCUUCAUCGCGAACAACAACUGCAAACCUAAAAAAAAAAAACAGAAAACAAAUAAAAAACGCGAAACACAAACCCAAACAAACUCUCCCUUUUGUUUCUCUCUCUACAAUUGCAGAUGGAUUCCCCUCCUCUCUCUUCCGUCAUCGUUAUUGGCGCUGGAAUCUCCGGUUUAUCUGCAGCGAAAGUAUUAGCGGAGAAUGGAAUAGAAGACGUGGUGAUAUUAGAAGCGUCGGAUCGUAUCGGAGGAAGAAUAAAGAAGGAGAGUUUCGGAGGAGUAUCGGUGGAGUUAGGAGCUGGUUGGAUAGCAGGUGUUGGUGGUAAAGAAUCUAAUCCUGUUUGGGAACUUGCUAAUCAAUCUGGUCUCCGUACUUGUUUCUCUGAUUAUAGCAAUGCCCGUUAUAACAUUUACGAUCGCAGUGGGAAGAUAUUUCCAAGUGGAGUAGCGGCAGAUUCUUAUAAAAAGGCAGUGGAUUCAGCAAUUAUGAAACUGAGAAGCCAAGAGGCAAACCUUGUUGGUGAAGUAAUUGAACCGCCAUGCUCACCCAAGACACCAAUAGAGCUAGCCAUUGACUUCAUUCUUCAUGAUUUUGAGAUGGCAGAGGUAGAGCCAAUAUCAACAUAUGUUGAUUUUGGAGAAAGAGAGUUUCUAGUUGCAGAUGAAAGAGGGUAUGAGUAUUUACUCUACAAGAUAGCUGAAGAUUUCCUUUUUACCUCUGAGGGUAAAAUCUUGGACACUCGUUUGAAACUUAACAAGGUUGUUAGAGAAAUACAGCACUCGAGAAACGGUGUUACUGUGAAAACGGAGGAUGGUUGCAUCUACGAAGCCAAUUAUGUGAUUUUGUCAGCUAGUAUUGGUGUUCUCCAAAGCGACCUCAUUUCUUUUAGACCUCCCCUGCCCAGUUGGAAAACAGAGGCCAUAGAGAAGUGUGAUGUGAUGGUGUACACAAAGAUUUUCAUCAAGUUCCCAUAUAAAUUUUGGCCCUGCUGUCCUGAAAAAGAGUUUUUUAUCUAUGCCCAUGAGCGUAGAGGAUACUACACCUUCUGGCAGCACAUGGAGAAUGCAUACCCUGGUUCGAAUAUCUUGGUUGUAACGUUGACCAAUGGUGAGUCGAAACGUGUGGAGGCACAAUCUGAUGAGGAGACACUGGAAGAAGCCAUGGAAGUUCUUAGAGACAUGUUUGGGCCCAAUAUACCUAACGCCACGGAUAUUCUUGUGCCCCGCUGGUGGAACAACAGAUUCCAGCGUGGCAGCUACAGUAAUUACCCCAUCAUUUCAAAUAACCAAGUUCUUCAUGAUAUUAGGGCUCCAGUAGGGCGCAUUUUAUUUACUGGUGAACAUACUAGUGAAAGAUUUAAUGGUUACGUCCAUGGUGGAUACCUUUCAGGUAUUGACACGAGUAAAACACUAUUAGAAGAAAUGAUACAAGAGAAGGAAAGAAAAAAUGAGAAUCAAACAUUUUUGCUGGAGCCAUUACUGGCAUUGACAGAAUCAUUAACCCUGACACAAACAGAAGCAGUUUCUACUCUACACAAAUGUGAUAUUCCCACACAACUGUAUCUUAGUGGCAAGCUUAGUAUUCCAGAAGCGAUAUUAUGACUAUAUGGACCGAAAGAUGAUGAAAAUUUGAUCAGUGAUCUUGAUGAUGGCGAGAUGGGUUUGAAAUCAAGUUCAGUUCAGACCCGUAAUGCCCUGGGUUUGAGAACUCAAAUUCAGUCCCAACCUGUAAUUCCAUUCAGAAAAUGAAGUGUACAGAAACAAUAAGCAGCAGCAAGAAAAUGGGCAAAGAUGCAUGCCAGUGGGGGCAUGGACUGGUGCUUAUAAUGAUGCUUGCUGCUUGUAGAUUUGACAUACCAAGUUCUGAAUUUCGGAAAGGAAUUGUUUUAGGCACAUGUAAAAUUGUGGCUUGGAAGAAAGAAAAAGAAAAUGGGAUGAAGAGAGAAAAGAAAGUGUUGUUGCAGGAGGAAUACUCUGGAUUCUAAUUGUACUCUUUACUUGUUCAUAAAAACAGACUUAUUAAACUAAUCUAUUUUUUUUCCCCCAA